AUGACAACAACACAAGAGAUCCAGAAAAAGUGGGAUAGGUUCAGCUCAACCUUCCAGUACAACUUUGAGCCUCAGACUCUGCCAACCGCUCAUGUGUUGGUGGCCAACUUGCGUUUGAACAUCCGUAACUUGCCUGUGCCUCGCGCAGUCCUCGAGGUUGCAUGUGGCGCUGGCUCUGGCACCAAGUUCUGCCUCGACUCUAAGCACCCCAACACCCAUCUGACCGCCAUCGACCUGUCCCACGACAUGCUCUCCCUGGCCAAGGCGCGUCUCAACGUGCCACAAGAGACGGGCGAGGACACCCAGCGCCACAUCAAGCUGCUGCAGGCCAACGCCGAGGAGUUGCCAUUCGCCGACGGCGCAUUCGAUCGCUACUUUAGCAACUACUGUCUGCAUCUGGUGCUCAACCCCAACGUGAUGCUGAGCGAGUGCUACCGUGUUCUUGAGAAGGGUGGCAUUGCCACGUUCAGUGUCUGGGGUCGUCCACAGAACUCCAACACUUUUACCAUCAUCAAGAAGGUCCUCGACGAGUUGGGCUUUUGCCAACCAUCACAACCAUCCGACGCACCAGCGCCCCGCACUCCAUUCCAUCUCAAUGACAUUGAGUUGUUAAAGUCAAUGGCCAAGGAGGCUGGUUUCUCAAAGUAUUAUGCUGCCUACACUUACUUCAACACUCUGGUACUUAGUGGACAAGAGUACGUUGAUAUGUUCUUUGCUGGACCAGACACUACUGACACCAUUGCCCGUUUGGGUCAAGAGAAGGGUGACUUGUGGAAGCAAAAGGUUGCAGAGUAUGUUGACGCUUUGCUUGCAAAGGGCGAGCUCAUUGGAUUGGAGUCUGCCUAUCUCAUUUGUGUGAAGUAA